GCUCCGGCGUGGACUCUUCCCCGCGGGAAUAAGGUCGAUUGAAUUGUUGGUGUCCAGCCUGAGUGACUGAGUUCCAGGCAAUGCUGUUGGGACGCUGCACAAGUCGUCCAGCUGAAGGAGAAGUCCCGUUGAACUGACUCUCCUCACGAACCUUUUAAAGAUGAAUGAACAAACAUUGGAAACAACACAGCAGCGGAAACUUCCUGAAUGGAUGUCUACGCAGAAGAAGACAUAUAGUGUAGAAGAAAGAAAGGCAUCUGUUCAGAAGAGUGUUUUGGAAGAUGACCUCCCCUUCUUAGAAUUCCCUGGAUCCAUUGUGUACAGUUAUGAAGCUAAUGAUUGUUCUUUCCUAUCAGAAGAUAUUAGCAUGAGUGUAUCUGAUGGAGAUGUGGUAGGAUUUGACAUGGAAUGGCCACCAAUAUACAGUAAAGGGAAACUGAGCAAAGUUGCACUAAUCCAGCUGUGUGUGUCAGAGAGCAAAUGUUACUUGUUUCAUAUUUCUUCUAUGUCAGUUUUCCCUCAGGGAUUAAAAAUGUUGCUUGAAAAUGAAGCAAUUAAAAAGGCAGGUGUAGGAAUUGAAGGAGAUCAGUGGAAACUUCUACGUGACUUUGACAUCAAAUUGAAGAGUUUUGUGGAGCUGACAGAUGUUGCCAAUGAAAAGUUGAAAUGUACAGAGACCUGGAGCCUCAGUGGUUUGGUUAAACACCUCUUUGGUAAACAGCUUCUGAAAGACAAGUCUAUCCGCUGCAGCAACUGGAGUAAGUUUCCCCUCACUGAGGACCAGAAACUAUAUGCAGCCACUGAUGCUUAUGCUGGUUUCAUCAUUUAUCAAAAAUUAGAAAAUUUGGGAGAUGCUGUACAGAUACUUGCUAUGCAUGAAGAGGAAGAAGUACUACCUAGUGAUGUGAAGAAACAAUUGACUUCCGUCUCCGAGGAGAUGAUGGAUCUGGCUCAGCACCUUCCUGAUACUUUCGAAAAACUGGAGAAUCCACAGAGGGUUUCUGUACUAUUGAAGGAUAUUUCAGAAAAUCUGUAUUCAUUGAGGAAGAUGAUACUUGGUUCUACUGAGAAUGAACUGAGGCCCAGCAGUAAUUUUCACUUAUUAUCGUUGGAAGAGCCCACUGCUGGUGAAGUACAACAGAAACAAAUUAGAGAACAUAAAAUUUUUACUAACGCUGAAGAUGAAGCAUGGGACACAACACCUGAUAAUUUAAUUAAACAUGAUGGAGAAAAUGUACUUGCAAACGAAGUAAAACAAGAAGAAAAUGGAUUUGAAGAUGGACUCGAAGAUAAUAAGUUGGAAGAGACUCCAGAAAGAGCUUGUUUCAUGUCAUUAGAUAUUACAGAAGAUGAACUCCAACGUUUGGAACAACAGGCUCAGGAAAAACAUCUUGGUGAUGUUACUUGCAAAUCUCCUGAGGAUAACGAAGAGGAUAUAUCUUAUGUAAUUGAGAGUGAUGAAGAUUUAGAAAUGGAGAUGCUUAAGUCUUUAGAAAACCUAAAUAGUAGCACAGUAGAUCCAAAUCAUUCAAAAUGCAUAGAAAUGGAAAGAAAUCUGGGUCUUCCUUCUGAAGAAGAUGAUGAAGAUGAGAAUGAAGCUAUUGAAGAGGAAGAAGUUGUUGAUGAAGACUGUUGGUUACCAGGACCUACUGCAAAGCAAAUUAAUUGCCUCAAGACCUACUUUGGCCAUUCUAGUUUUAAGCCGGUUCAGUGGAAAGUGAUUCAUUCUGUACUGGAAGAAAGAAGAGAUAAUGUUGUUGUCAUGGCAACUGGGUAUGGAAAGAGUUUGUGCUUCCAGUAUCCACCUGUUUAUGUAGGCGGGAUUGGCCUUGUCAUCUCUCCCCUUAUUUCUUUGAUGGAAGACCAAGUGCUCCAGCUUGAAAUGUCCAACAUUCCAGCUUGCUUUCUUGGAUCAGCACAGUCAAAAAAUGUUCUAGAGGAUAUUAAAUUAGGCAAAUACCGAAUCGUGUACAUAACUCCAGAAUUCUGUUCAAGUAACUUGGACCUACUCCAGCAACUGCAGGCUAAUAUUGGUAUCACACUUAUUGCUGUGGAUGAGGCUCACUGUAUUUCUGAGUGGGGACAUGAUUUUAGAAGUUCAUUCAGAACUUUGGGCUCCAUAAAGGCAGUACUCCCAUCGGUUCCAAUCGUUGCACUGACUGCUACUGCAAGUUCUUCAAUCCGAGAAGACAUUGUACGUUGCUUAAAACUGACGGAUCCUCACAUUACCUGUACUGGUUUUGAUCGACCAAACUUGUAUUUAGAAGUUGGACGAAAAACAGGAAACAUCCUUCAAGAUCUGAAGCAAUUUCUUGUCCAGAAGACAAGUACUGCUUGGGAAUUUGAAGGUCCAGCUAUCAUCUACUGUCCUUCUAGAAGAAUGACAGAACGAGUUACAGCUGAACUUAAGAAACUGAAGUUAGCCUGUGGAACCUACCAUGCAGGACUGAGUAUUACCUUAAGGAAACAAGUUCAUCAUAGGUUCAUGAGAGAUGAAAUUCAGUGUGUAAUAGCUACCAUAGCUUUUGGAAUGGGCAUUAAUAAAGCUGACAUUCGCCAAGUCAUUCAUUACGGUGCUCCUAAGGAAAUGGAAUCAUAUUACCAGGAGAUUGGUAGGGCUGGCCGUGAUGGACUUCAAAGUUCUUGUCAUGUACUUUGGGCUCCAGGAGACAUUAACACAAAUAGGCGCCUCCUUAGUGAAAUAUGCAAUGAGAAGUUUCGAUUAUACAAAUUAAAGAUGAUGGCAAAGAUGGAAAAAUACCUUUAUUCCAGAAGGUGUAGGCGACAACUCAUCUUGUCUCAUUUUGAAGACAAACAGCUACGAAAGGCCUCCUUGGGAAUUAUGGGAACUGAAAAAUGCUGUGAUAAUUGCAGGUCCAGAUUGGAUCGCUGCUUUUCCAUUGAUGACUCAGAUGAUAUGUCACAGGACUUUGGUCCACAAGCAUUCCAGCUCUUAUCUGCCGUGACCAUCUUAGGCGAAAAGUUUGGAAUUGGGGUUCCAAUUUUAUUUCUCCGAGGAUCUAAUUCCCAGCGUCUUGAAGAUAAAUAUCGCAGUCACAAUUUCUUUGGCACUGGCAAGGAUCACACAGAGAAUUGGUGGAGGGUUUUUUCCCAUCAGCUCGUAACUGAGGGAUUCUUGGUAGAAGUUCCUGGGCAAAGCAAAUUUGUAAAGAUUUGCACCCUUACAGAAAAGGGUAGAAAUUGGCUUGCUAAAGCCAAAACAGAAUCUCCUCAGAGCCUUAUCCUUCAAGCUAAUGAAGAACUGUGUCCAAAGGAGUUUUUUCUACCAAGGUCUAAAGCUGUAUCUUCCGGCACUGAGCAACAUUCCUCUAAUCAAGUACCAAUUAAAUUAACUUCAGAGCAGUCCAGCUUGUAUAAGAUGUAUUCUUACAAAGCAUGUGAUAAAAUUUCUUCUGGGAGUAACAUUCCUCAAAAAAGCAUCAUGGUGCCAUCACCAGGAAAAUUCUACAAGUCCUCAGAACCUGUUAUUUCAGCUGAAGAGCAGGAGACUCAGACUACAUUAUACGGCAAAUUGGUGGAAGCUAGGCAGAAACAUGCCAAUAAAAUGAAUGUUCCUCCAGCUAUUCUGGCAACAAAUAAGAUACUGGUGGAUAUGGCCAAAAUGAGACCUACUACAGUUGAAAAUGUGAAAAGGAUCGAUGGUGUUUCUGAAGGCAAAGCUACGAUGUUGGCCCCUGUGUUGGAAGUCAUCAAACAUUUCUGUCAAAUAAAUAGUCUUCAGACAGACCUCUUUUCAAGUACAAAACCACAAGAAGAACAGAAGAAAAGUCUGGUGGUGAAAAAUAAAGCAAGCUCACUUUCACAGUCUGCAGCCAUCACAUAUUCUUUAUUCCAAGAAAAGAAAAUGUGUUUGAAGAGUGUAGCUGAGAACAGGAUUCUGCCUCUCUCAGCGGCUGGCAUGCACUUGUCCCAAGCGGUGCAAGCUGGCUACCCACUCGAUAUGGAGCGAGCAGGUCUGACUCCAGAGAUUCAGAAGAUUAUUGCUGAUGUUAUCCGAAACCCUCCCAUCAACUCAGAUAUAAAUAAAAUUAAACUAAUUAGAAUGUAUGUUCCUGAAAACAUUGACACGUACCUUAUCUACAUGGCAAUUGAGAUCCUGGAAAAAGAUUGCGACAACAGGAUGCUAUGCCAAUCUUCAUGUGAUUCCAACAAAAAGAGAUGUUUCCCUAACUCUGAAGAGAGCUGUUCAAAUUCUAAGAGAAGCAAGGAAGAAGUGGGCACUAAUACCAAGGUUGAUGGAAAACGUUCUUGUGAUUUUUCACUGAAAGAUGAGAGUCACAGAAAUUCACUAAAACUAACUUCCUGGAAUCAGCCAUUCAGCGAUCCCAAAAUAGAAGAUUUCUUUGUAGAUUCUCAUUCACAGACUUCAUCUGAAACCUCAAAGAGAAAAUUACCUGGGUGGUUUGCCAAAGGAAAUGAGACCUUACCUGAUGCCAGCAAGAAAUCAACGGCCAAAACUAAAAAGAAGGGUCUUUUUAGUUAAACUGGCAACUGCCAGAGGAAUUAUGUGUGUCUUGCUGUAUUAUAAGAGGGAAGCUGUAUUUCAUUUCUGAAGAGUGGGGAGUAAUAUUUUUGUUUAAAAAUUAUUCUAAUCUGAAAGUAAAACUCACCUAUUUAUUGAACAGCUGGUGUCUUAAAACAGCCUUGUGCAAUUCACAUAAAGUUGAGUCUUCUGAGAGCCUGAGUGAGUACCUCAUAGAACAGAAUCUUAGUUUCCUAUGAGAUUGCUUUAAGAAAUCAUGUUACUGCCCUGUUUUCUAAUCUCUUUACUUACUUCAGCAGUAUGUUUAGAAUAUGUAAUGUGUGGUGAUUUAAUACAGAUAACAGAUUAUCAGUUUAAGUGAUUAUGUGUGUGAUAUGAAAUAUUCCUAUAUUACCAAAAUUCUGUCUUACAAAUGAAGAACGCAUAGUUAUUUUACAAAUUGUUUUUUCUAUUGUUAGAAGAAACUCUUAUACACAUUUUAAAAUGAUAUUAGUGGACCAGAUCAGUGAAAAUGAAACAUUUUGGGUUCUGUGUAAAUAGAGGAAAGAAUAUAACAAAGGAGACCAAUUGCACUAGACAACUAUGCACUUUGUAUGUUAUAUACGAUUUCUAUUAUUUUUCAAAUAAUAAUAAAAAGUCCUUAGUACUGAAUAUUA